AUGAGUUCGCUUAACCGGAGCCAAAGCAGCGCGCGGCGCAGUGACUACGUAUGGCAAUAUGAAUACUACGACGAAGAGCCUGUCUCUUUUGAGGGACUCAUGGUGCACAGAUACUCCAUCGUAAUCGGAUUCUGGGUUGGACUUGCAGUGUUUGUCAUUUUUAUGUUUUUUGUUCUUACGCUGCUCACAAAGACAGAAGCGCCACAUCAAGAAAAUCCAGAUUCUGAGAACCUGCCUGGCCCGGGAAAUUGCCUUGUGAACAUCACAGGUCCGAAAGUGGAUGAGGACGACUCCGAUGACGACAAAGUCGUUUCCCGUCCCUUCCUAGCAGAGUCCCGCUCUUACUUCCAUUUCUACAUCAGUGAGGAUGGAGAGGAUAUGCAAAGACAAAAGCCUGAAGCAAAGCAGAAUGGACCAUUGGGGACCUAUAUGCAGUCAGGAGGUACCACGCCUGCUGUGAUGGUUGAGCAAGAAGAUGAAGACCUGAGGAUACUCUAUCAAGAGUUACCUAUCAAUGGACCCAUGGUUGAUGAGAGGCAGACUGACGCACAUUGUGCCUUCUUGACUCACUUGACGAUCCCAAAUUUUGUCAACUUUGAGCAAAACUCACUUGGAGAAGAUGACCUCCUGUGUGAGCCACACAUCACACUGGACCAAAACAUAAAUAAUCCCCGAGGUGACAUCCCUUAA